GGGAGGCUUCCUCCGCCGCCGCCAUCUUGGACCGGGCCCGUCAGCUUCCGCGGAGCCAUCGGCAGACGCCGCGGCCUCCCUUGAGCCCCGACCCCGUCGUCAGAACAACCCCGGGCCCACUUCCCCCCACCCCACUUCCGCUUCGCGCCGCUAUCGCGAUAGCGCCCGGGCCCGGGGCGCGAGAAAAAGGCGGCGGGCGCUCGCCUCCCCCGCUAUCGCGAUACGCUCCUCAGCGGCGGCGCCAGCUCCUGUGCAGCGUCCAUCUUCAAGAGAGUAUGAAGAGAGUGCACCUGUAGGGCAGGGAAGAUGGCGGACAAGCGCAAACUCCAAGGUGAGAUUGAUCGCUGCCUCAAGAAGGUGUCCGAGGGCGUCGAGCAGUUUGAAGAUAUUUGGCAGAAGCUCCACAAUGCAGCGAACGCGAACCAGAAAGAAAAGUAUGAGGCUGACCUAAAGAAGGAGAUUAAGAAGCUUCAACGGCUGAGGGACCAGAUCAAGACAUGGGUAGCGUCCAACGAGAUCAAGGACAAGAGGCAGCUCAUAGACAACCGCAAGCUCAUUGAGACGCAAAUGGAACGGUUCAAAGUUGUGGAGCGAGAGACCAAAACCAAAGCCUACAGCAAGGAGGGCCUGGGCCUGGCGCAGAAGGUGGACCCCGCCCAGAAGGAGAAGGAGGAGGUUGGCCAGUGGCUCACGAAUACCAUCGACACCCUAAAUAUGCAGGUGGACCAGUUUGAGAGUGAAGUGGAGUCACUGUCAGUGCAGACGCGCAAGAAGAAGGGUGACAAGGAUCAGAAGCAGGACCGGAUCGAGGGCCUGAAGCGGCACAUCGAGAAGCACCGCUACCACGUGCGCAUGCUGGAGACCAUCCUGCGGAUGCUGGACAACGACUCCAUCCUGGUGGACGCCAUCCGCAAGAUCAAGGAUGACGUUGAGUACUACGUUGAUUCCUCCCAGGACCCUGACUUCGAGGAGAAUGAGUUCCUCUAUGACGACCUGGACCUCGAGGACAUUCCACAGGCGCUGGUCGCCACCUCCCCCCCCAGCCACAGUCACAUGGAGGAUGAGAUCUUCAACCAGUCAAGCAGCACGCCCACCUCCACCACCUCUAGCUCACCCAUCCCGCCCAGCCCUGCCAACUGUACCACGGAAAACUCGGAAGAUGACAAGAAGAGGGGACGCUCGACGGAUAGUGAAGUCAGCCAGUCUCCCGCCAAAAACGGCUCCAAGCCUGUCCACAGCAGUCAGCACCCUCAGUCCCCAGCUGUGCCGCCCAGCUACCCUUCUGGCCCCCCGCCUGCUGCCUCUGCCCUGAGCACCACCCCUGGCAACAAUGGGGCCCCUGCCCCGGCAGCACCGCCAAGUGCUCUGGGCCCCAAGGCCAGCCCAGCUCCUAGCCACAAUUCGGGUACCCCCGCCCCCUACGCCCAGGCUGUGGCCCCGCCAGCCCCCAGUGGGCCCAGCGCCAUCCAGCCCCGGCCUCCCAGCGUCCAGCCCAGUGGGGGAGGUGGCGGAGGCUGCAGCGGCAGUAACAGCAGUGGAGGUGGGGGCACCGGCAAGCAGAACGGCGCCACCAGUUACAGCUCAGUCGUGGCAGACAGUCCAGCAGAGGUGGCUCUCAGCAGCAGUGGGGGCAGCAACGCCAGCAGUCAGUCUCUGGGUCCCCCAUCUGGCUCCCACAACCCACCCCCCAACGCCUCGAAGGAACCCAGUGCAGCUGCCCCAGCAGGUGCUGGGGGCGUGGCCCCAGGCUCAGGGAACAACGCUGGGGGACCCAGCCUCCUGGUGCCACUUCCUGUGAACCCUCCCAGCUCCCCGACGCCUAGCUUCAGCGACGCCAAGGCAGGUGGUGCCCUGCUCAAUGGACCCCCUCAGUUCAGCACCGCCCCGGAGAUCAAGGCCCCCGAGCCUCUGAGCUCUCUGAAGUCCAUGGCAGAGCGGGCAGCCAUCAGCUCCGGCAUCGAGGACGCAGUGCCCACACUGCACCUGACCGAGCGAGACCUCAUCAUCAGCAGCACGGCAGCUCCUCCACCCUCAGCCCAGCCGCCCCUCCAGCUGUCAGAGGUGAACAUACCGCUGUCGCUGGGUGUGUGUCCGCUGGGGCCUGUGCCCCUCACCAAGGAGCAGCUGUACCAGCAGGCCAUGGAAGAGGCCGCCUGGCACCACAUGCCCCACCCCUCAGACUCUGAGCGGAUCAGGCAGUACCUCCCCCGGAACCCCUGCCCGACGCCCCCCUACCACCACCAGAUGCCACCCCCACACUCGGACACCGUGGAGUUCUACCAGCGCCUGUCCACUGAGACCCUCUUCUUCAUCUUCUACUAUCUGGAGGUACAGCAGGGCCCCGGGCAGCCUCAGGCCCCCCGGCAUCACCACCACCGCCGCCGUCCCCCCUCGGGCUGGAGGGGUGAGGGCACUAAGGCACAGUACCUGGCAGCCAAGGCCCUAAAGAAGCAGUCAUGGCGAUUCCACACCAAGUACAUGAUGUGGUUCCAGAGGCACGAGGAGCCCAAGACCAUCACGGAUGAGUUCGAGCAGGGCACCUACAUCUACUUUGACUACGAGAAGUGGGGCCAGCGAAAGAAGGAAGGCUUCACCUUUGAGUACCGCUACCUGGAGGACCGGGACCUCCAGUGACACCGGCCUCUCCCUCCACCUCCCCUCUCCCGCAUGCUGAUCCCCCUGCCCUGGAAGCCUGGGGGGAGGCCCCAGGCCAAGGGGCAGCCCCUCCCCCAGGAAGCAGGGAGGGGGCUGGGAGGUUUUCUCCCUCUCAGCCCCACCCUGGGGCCCCGGGGGCGAGGGCUGCCCCCUCCUCCCCUCCCCAGUGAGGGACAUUUUUUGGUAAACCUAUUUUCAUUUUGGAAAAUAUUUAUGAAUAAAUAGUUUUAUAUGACGGC